AACUCCUGGCGUCAUAAAGAACCAAGUUCCCACUAUGAACACAACAGUGUCAAAUCUUCCUACUUCAAAUGCUGUUUCAACAUGGCCAAGUUCCCAGAACAAAACUGAAAAUCAGAGUUCAAUCAAAACAACAGAAAUGUCAGCUGAAAAUCAGAGUUCAAUCAAAACAACAGAAAUGUCAGUUACCACUCAACGGCCAGAUGCCUUGACUAAAACCAACGUGUCACCCUCAGUGUUCCUAACAACUGCAAAAACCGUCUCACAGCUUCAAGACACUGAGGAUGGGAAGAUUGCAUAUGCUCCAUCAACCACCCCCUCUUACUCCAGUAUUAUUUUGCCCGUGGUUAUUGCGUUGAUUGUUAUAACACUCUUGGUGUUUACUCUGGUGGGUUUGUAUCGCAUGUGCUGGAAGAGAGACCCAGGCACUCCGGAAAAUGGGAAUGAUCACAGGCCUCAGUCCGAUAAAGAGAGUGUGAAGCUGCUCACUGUUAAAACAAUAUCGCACGAGUCUGGCGAGCACUCUGCACAGGGGAAAACCAAGAACUGACAGUGUGAUGGAUCCUGCCCAUACCUGGGCAAGAAAUAUGUUUAAUCUUCAGCUUCUAAGUUUCAAGGGUGGAAAGGAGAGAGUCCCGAGGAACCAGUCCCAACUCACAGUCUCCUCACCAGUCUACACCAGUUGCCCAUCCCAGUAAAGGAAAGACAUACCACAACCUGACAGAAACAUAAAGAGUUCUAGAUAUCUCCUUUCUAAGAUACAGAAAAUCAAAUGACUCUGGUUUUCAGGGACAUUUCUAGGAGGAAAUUUUGUGAGCAGCAACCCUUCAGCCCAGGACAGGUGGGCUCCCAGGAGACAAGCCAUAGCUGAGUUUAAAGUUUCCAGGGUUUAUUGCCUUGAUCCAUGGAGACCUGCCUAUCUGCUUUGUGUUCUUAUAUUAGUGUUAGUAUUUAUUGUUUCUCCACUAUGUUAAUGCAGGGAGAUUUUACAAGUGUGUUGUUAGAUACUAAGUAGAAAUCACAUCAUGUUCCUCUGUACAUACAGGUAUGUUACUCAUGUUUUCAUGUGUUACUUUUAAUAAAUAAUGGCUGUACUCAA